CUAUGCAAACAACUCCGCAUAGUAAAGCUAUCAAAGUGUUCGCCAAUUUAUUGCAAAUCAUGAUAUAUAUUUGUUGAACGGUGCAUUUUAUAUCUACUAUACCGUGGUGUCAUAAAUCCCUUUGUUAUUUUACGUUGGGGCAGCUGCCAAAUCGUUCACAUCAAAAUAGAAUUAGUUGUAAAAAUUUGGAGCGCAUAAAUCUUUAAGCACAUUAGCUUAUAAAACAAAACGCACUUAAAACAAUUAAAAUAAUAAUAAAGAACUGAUACUGCAACAGCUGGCACUGCUAUUGAUAUGGCCUUUGCUUCCUUGCUGAAAUGGACCCACAAAAGAUAACCGAAUUGGCCAACUUGCUGCGCAAGAAUGGUGACAAAAUCCUCAGCUCCGAAUUCACAUUAACCCUAUCAGGUCCGCUGCUUCGCGCUUUGAAUGAUUCCUUUACAUUGAUCGCGGACAGCGAUUUUGGAGCUGGCGCUGAUCUGGGCACAUCCAGCAAACAUCAACAGGCUUUUCAGGUGGUCAAGCCCAUCAAUGCCAAGUCCAGUGUAUUUCCCGAUCUUCAGCUGCUCCAUGACUUUGUGCAAAAGACAACGCUGCUGAAGCUUAACUUCUUUCCCGGCGAGCAUUAUUUUGAGGGCGCCAUCGAUAUUGGCAAGUUUCAUGCACUGCGCCGCCUAGAGGUGCACAAGAUCAACAUAUGCCAGGUGGUGGGCAUACACGCGCUCCGUUCCCAGUUGCAGCAUUUGAUUUGCGUCAAGAGUCUGAACAAUGUGGAGGACAUCAUCACUCGUUGCGGCGGAGACAACUCGAAUGGUUUUGUCUGGAACGAGCUGCAGUCGGCCGACUUCAGCUACAACAAUUUGCGUUGCGUGGACACAGCUCUGGAGUUUGCUCAGCACUUGCAGCAUUUAAAUUUGCGACACAAUAAACUCGCUAGCGUGACGGCCAUCAAAUGGUUGCCGCAUCUAAAGACGCUCGACCUGAGCUACAAUUGCCUGACGCACCUGCCGCAGCUACAUGUGGAGGCCUGCAAGCGGCUUCAGGUGCUCAACAUAAGCAAUAACUAUGUGGAGGACCUGUCGGACAUAACCAAUCUGGAUGCUCUGACCAAUAUGGAUCUGUCCGACAAUUGCCUGCUGGAGCAUUCGCAACUAUUUCCGCUGAGCUUUCUAAUGACACUCACCACGCUCAAUUUGCAGGGUAAUCCCUUGGCGUGCCAUCCCAAGCAUCGACUGGGCACAUCGCAGUUUUUACACAAGAAUACGAACACUGUGAAAUUCGUGCUGGACUUUGAGCCGCUGUCCAAGGCGGAGAAAGCAUUAGUUGGCACUCAUCCCCAUAGGGGCAUCAUACGUCAUCGGCUUGUCAGCAGUCAAAUUUCAAUAAAUAGCUCAGGUGCAUCCGUCAGUACACCCGCAUCCAGUGUGGGAUCGCAGCAUUCGCUCUUAGUCCAUAGCAAGGACUCAUUUCCCGAAGCAGAAGGGAAAAGGCGCACCAAGAAGCUACGCACGGUGGAAAUUGAAGAACAUGGCGAUGAGACACCAGCAGACAAAGUUCCUUCAACCGUCUCUGCCACAGAGUCUGCAAAUGGCCUGAAGCAGAAAGCGCUGCAAGAGUCAACCGAUGGGAGCCAUUUGGAGACCAAAAACCAAAUUGAAGCACUUCAUCUCAAGUACGGAAACGAGUGGCUACAGCCGCAGCCCAGUGAACAGGAGCGUCACGAUGCGCGCCAGAAUUUUAAUGAGUUCCUUGGCGAAUUACUGCCAUCAGCACAUCAGGCGGAGCUAGAACAAGAGUCCUUAAACAUUAGCUCCACACCAACGAACAAUACUAAUUGGGAAACAUUUAAUGCAACGCUGACUCCCAUCAAGGCAGAUGGGGACAACACCGAUACGGACAUUACGCAGCAAACAGUUUACGAAUCAUGCAAUAACAGCACCGAGACGCAAUAUGAGAGUAUGAAUGAUACACUGCAGCAGCAGGUUGAACAGGAGGAGAUUGAUAAGCACAAGGAAGUGCUUAAUCGCUAUGCGACUGCAAGUGCCGAGCUGGAGGAGGUACCAGUAUCUGACGAAGAACCCGACGAAAAACUCUAUAUUGUCUACCAUGAACACAAGACCAGCGAGCCAUUGUUCUUAACUAUUUCCUCCAACUAUGUGCGUGAAAAGGAUGCUCUCAGCGAACGCACAAAAACGAAAUGGAGCAUAAAAUUCUUGGAGUCUUGUGAGAGAAUCAAAGCAAAUACUUUGCGCAUUAAUUUUGAUACAGUGCAAAAGGAUAAACAGGAGCGCAUUUAUUGCGUAGAGAAUGCACUAUGUCAGGAACUAGAAAAGACUCUGCGCGAUAUUCUUUCACAGCGUGAUCUCACCGAUAUGAACAUAACCAUCUAUAGCUGUGUCAAUUGUGGUAUUAAGUUCAGCAGAGAACGCAAAAAUAAGAAUUACAAAACAGCAGAGUUGCGUUGUCCGGAAUGCCGCAGCGUCUACGUGGCGGAGGUAAAUGAUACAUGCGAGCCGCUGGACAAAUCCAAAGGGGCCACAGUGGAAUCGAAGUUGUCACCAGCACUGAUUGUGGAAGAGUCACCUAUUAACACGCCGCUGAUAUUGCAAUGCAGCGAGGACAAUCAAAGCAUUGUGGGCAACAGCAGGCUCAUCGCUAAUAACACACCCAAGCGUAGGAAUUUGAUGCAACCCACAACAAGCUCGGCCAAUUCGCUGAAUGAGAGCAGCUCAUGUUCGAAGAUAACCAAUUCGCAGUGCUCCUUUGACUCCAAUCAGUCGGUUGUGGGCAGUUCCAACACAGAACGCGAUUUGGAGUUUCGUGCCAAUGAAAGCGAUGUGGAUAUCAUUUCCAAUCCGAGCCAGUCAAGUAUUGAGGUAUUGGAUCCAAAUUGUGUGCAGAGCGCAAGUCGCAAAACCUCCGAGGAGCGACGCAUUUCACAAAUGCCCAAUCUGCAAACCAUCGAUGAUGACCUCAGCCAAUCACACAGUUUUAUUGAUCGCGAGGUUGGCCAACUGCUCGCCGAUCAGGCCACAACACGAACGAUGGCAACUACAGCCACAACAUCUGCAGACACAACACCAAAGUCCAAAACCUUGGCUCACGCUCAGCUAACGGAGAGCAGUUCAUCGGGCUCGGUGACUGACAGCAUUUGCACAACCUACGAGCAGCAGGGCAAACAACAAUCGACGGAGAAGACAGUUCAAGAAUCGGACGAUGCAAUCAGUGUGCAAAAUAUGCUGCUGGCCGAAUCCGCUGGCAACAACAAAAGUCAGCAAGAAAACAUUAGCAAUGAAAUGACAGGCGCUAAUGGCCAAAAUGAAACGAAACAUUUAAAGAAAGCCGAAGAUGCGGGAUUAUCAUCUCUAUUCGGAGCCCUUUUCCAAUCGACCAACAUGCUAAUGUCUAGUUCAAAGAAUCUCAUCGAUGCGGAGACUACUGCAUGUGACAUUCAGCCAUACAAGUUCAACUAUAGCGAUUUCAAUGACAUUGAUCACCGUUUGAAGCUCUAUUUCUAUCAGACCAAGUUCAAAGAAGUGGGCGAACAUUUCAAGUGGCUGGCCAAGGGACGGAUUUAUAAUGAACAAACCCAAACGCUGCGCGAUGGCUUGGUAGUAAUUUCCACAUGCAAGUGUUACCUCAUGGAAGCCUAUGCAUCGCCCCGUGAUGAUGUGUCCAAGUGGCUGCGUCAGGUGGUUAGCGUUACCGUCAAUCGCUUGACACGCAUUCAGCUUUUGCCCUGGAAACUAGGAUUGGCUUUCAACCUACGCGAUUGGGGUGAUUUCGUGCUGAUAAUGCAGGAUAUGUUGCGCACAGACAGUUUACUAUUGUAUUUGGCUGACAAUCCGCUGCCGCCGGAAUGCGAGGUAAUCCAACAUCCUGCAGAUGAAGUACGUCAGCGGCUCAGUUCGCUGGUCACUGAACCACUGAAGAUGUGCGCCAUGCUGAGCGGCUGCCAGUGGACAUGUGGUCAGGAGAAGCGUAGCUUUGAGCUCUGCACACUGCUCACGACGGACACACAAUUGCAUAUUGCUGGCAAUGGCAAAUUCAAUUGGUUGACAUCAAAUGCGGAGCAGGUGUCGAUUGAGCUCUCACUCACACAGCAAAUGAGUAACCUGGUAGAGGUGGAGCGAGUAACGGAGUGCGAGUAUAAUGUAAAUUUCCUGGAUGAGACCGAAAAUAAAUGUGAAUUGUGGCAUAUGCAGUUUGAAACACCGACGAAUGCCGAAUGCUGUCUGAAGGCUAUUGGACAGUCCUGGGAGCAGUUAUUUGGCGUGCCAUUUAGCUUCUCCGGAACGUAGUAUUCGCCAAUUGACCACGGACAAACUACACUAAUUUCAUAUCAAAACAGAGAACUUUCUAUAUACAUACUUUUGACUCAUAUGAAUUGUGAGCUAUCUAUUAAUCUACAUAUAUACUAAUUAUAAAAUAAUUAUGCCUAUAUUUGUAAAAUGAAUAUGUUUGAAGAAUUAACUGUCUUAGGCUUAGUAUUUCAAUCAAGGACAAUAUAAAUAUCGAGAAGCAAGCGAGAAAUGGUGCUUACCCUUUGAAUGUGUAACAUAUAUAUAUAUAUAUAUUCUAAUACAUACAACAAUAAUCUAUAGUCAUUGUAAAAUAUGUAUAGCAAACCAUUCAAACGACGUUCGACAUAAAUAUUUACUUUUAUAUACACAUAAA